ACGCCGAGCGUGCGAGGAGCGUGCGUGGCGUCACUUUGAUGUGCAGUAGGGGGGUCCUUCUUUUUGCUUUUUUGCUUAAGCAGCGACAACUUUGCACCUCGUAAUCGUGCCGUGUUGCAAAUCCAACCACGUGAGCUCGCCAGCGUGUGAAGCUAUCACAUAUACGUCGCACGCGAACGUUUUUCGCAGCUCUUUUGGCGCGGUAUCGCGAUUGCUGCACUUUCUUCUUCGCCGCCUUGCAGCACGCGCACGGCACGGUUACGUUGAUCGCGCAGGCCCAGAAAAGAUGUUACUCCUCCGCCGCGCCUCGCGCCAGGCCCUCGCGCAGCGCCGCGCGCUCUCCGCCGCGCCGAUCACGUCCGCCGAGCCCGCCGUGAAACCGGCGCGGCCCGAGUUCUCGAGCGGCCCCUGCGCGAAGCGGCCCGGCUGGUCGCCCGCGGUCUACGAGAGCGCCGCGACGGGCCGGAGCCACCGUUCGGCAAUCGGCAAGGCCAAACUCAAGGAGGCGAUCGAGACGACGCGCCAAGUGCUGAACAUCCCCUCAGAUUAUAAAAUAGCCGUCGUGCCGGCCUCGGACACGGGCGCCAUCGAGAUGGCCAUGUGGUCUAUGUUAGGGGAGCGGCCCGUCGACAUGUGCCACUGGGAGAGCUUCGGCAAGGGUUGGUUGGGUGAUGUUACUUCUCAGCUCAAGCUCGACAACGUCACGGAGAUCACGGCGGGGUAUGGGGAAUUGCCCGACCUCUCACAGACGAACAAGGACCACGACGUCGUCUUCACGUUCAACGGCACUACCAGUGGUGUCCGCGUCCCUGAUUUGAAUUGGAUCGCCGACGAUAGAACGGGCUUAACCUUCAACGACGCGACGAGCGCCGUCUUCGCCAUGGACAUCGACUGGAGCAAGGUCGACGUCACGACCUACAGCUGGCAGAAGGUCAUGGGCGGCGAAGGGGCCCACGGCAUGCUCAUUUUGUCGCCUCGAGCCGUCGAGCGCCUGGAAUCGUUCACGCCAAGCAACAGACCCUUACCGAAGAUUUUCAGGAUGACGAAGAAGGGCAAGUUGGACGAGGCCCUCUUCACCGGCGCCACCAUCAACACGCCGUCGAUGGUCUGCGUCGAAGAUUACCUCGAUGCGCUCCAGUGGGCCCAGGCCCAGGGCGGGUUGAAUGGAUUGAUUAAGCGGUCCGAGGCGAACUUGGAGGCGGUCACGAAGUGGGUCAAUAACACAGAAUGGGCCCAUUUUUUGGCCAAGGACGUCAGUACAAGGUCGUCGACGUCCGUCUGCCUGACGCUCGACACGGACCCGGCCAACGUCAAGGCCAUGGUCAAGAUGCUGGAAGAGGCCGACGUGGCCUACGACAUCGGCGCUUAUAGGGACGCGCCCGCGGGUCUGAGAAUCUGGUGCGGCGCGACCGUCAACACCGAGGACCUCGAGGCGCUCUUCCCCUGGAUCGAGCACGCCUUCGCGGAGUGCUCCUAGGUCCGUCGACCAACCUACCCCAUCGGCCCCAUCGCAUCGGCGACGUCAACCAUUUCCUGCCCUAAGUCGUGUUCAAAGUU